AUGACGAAUGUAGAGUUUGGUCAGUCUAUGCAUUCUAUUGCCCAACUGGUUACUGCUCAGGCCGAGCAAGGAGUAUUCUUUGAAGUUCCAUUAGUUGCGAGGUAUGCUCUUGAUUUGGUAGCUGAUAUAAGGUCGAGAAUGAGGAAGUUUGCUUCUGGGCUAAACAGAGAUCUGAUUUUAGAGAGCAAGACCGUUGAGGAUGAGAAGAGAAGGCAAGCAGAAUAUGAAGACAAGCAGGGUAAGCAAGGUGGGUUUUUUAAUCAGGGAGAUGCCCAUGCUCCUUGCCCUAAGCAGUCGAGCGACAAGCGUCAUUAUGAUAGUGAUAAUUCUCCGGUGCAGGGAUCCCAGUCUCAGUUUUACGGUUAUUCUCACCGGGGAUUAUGUGAAGAAGGUAGGGAUAAGUGCUUCAAGUGUGGACAAGUAGGCCAUCGACUCAGAGAUUGUCCAUUUAACAAGGUUUCUACAGAGGCGAAUAAGAUUUUGAUGGCUUUAUCUUAUGUUCCUACACCUGGUGGUGUGGCAUCUACUUCUGUUACUGCUCCUAGUUCAAAUACUGGUUGGAAUAGGUUGUAUGCUUUGGAGUUCCCAACGGGAAUCUGA